GCAUCCCCUCGUCCACUAUACAACUGAAAAUAGCACGUACGGAAAUAGUGCCGCUGUAAGAAACUUUUUGGCUUCGCUAUGCCAGUAGCAUUCAGUGUCGUCGACCGACACCGUGUCGUCAUUUGUAAGAAUUACAUUACAUGAAAAUCCGUCUUCUGGGAACAUUCAAAAUGGCGAACGAUUCCGAACACGAUAUCGGUAAUUAUUUUCGAUCGAAUUUAUUGGCUGUAAGAAACGCGAUAUCCCAAGAGGAUUUUAAAAAAUUUGACGGUCUUCGAUCGAACGCCGAUAGAGUCGCUUUUAUAUUGAGUUAUCCCGAAGCUCAUCGUUUGUCCUUAGAAGUUGAAAAUCGUGAAAUGAAGAACAACGAAAAGGCUUUGAAGUUUAAGGACAUCGGUAACAAGUUCUUCGGACAAGGAGAAUAUCCAAAAGCUUUGGAGGCAUACUCGAACGCUGUCCUUUUUGCACCAGAAAAUGAUCUCUCGGUUAUCCUUGCAAAUCGUUCGGCAGCACUUUAUCACAUGGGACAACAUGAGCGUUCAUUAGAGGAUAUAGGAGAAGCGAUUCGACUUAAUUAUCCUGAAGAACUUCGAUACAAAAUCGAGGAAAGACGAGCGAGAUGUUUCUUAGCUUUGAAGAUGAACACAAAGGCGAUCGAAUAUUUCAGAGUCGCGUUAAAAUCUUUGGAUCGUGCGAAGAUAACGAUCGAACGAAAAAACAAAUUAGAGACCGAUAUUAGAGUCAUGUUGACGUUGAUGGAAAAGGGUGAACGAUUUAACGUGAAAGCUACGAAACUUUCGCCUAUCGUAAAAAAUCCAACAAACGCGACGACGAGUUUUAUGCCAAAAAUCGAAGAACCUAAUCCUCUUUAUCCAGCCUGUAGCAAAGCAAUCGAAAUAAGAGACGAAGGUGGUGACAUUGGUAGACAUGGCAUUGCUACGAGAAACAUUUCACCUGGCGAAUUUCUUAUAAUAGAACGACCACAUUGCGCCCUCUUAUUGGCAGAAUACAGAUUGACUCAUUGUCACUUGUGUUUCUCGAAAAUAUUCGUACCCACACCGGCAAUCUGCAAUAUCUGCAGUUGCAUAGCUUACUGCAGCAUUCGUUGCAGGGACAAAGACGCCGAAGUGCAUCUCCGCGAAUGCAAUUUAUUACCGGCUUUAUGGCUAUCCAAAGCUUCGAUCACGUGUUUUUUAGCACUUAGAGCUUUACUUCAAAGACCGUUCGUGGAGUUCGCUGAAAUGAGAGAACGUUUGAUGUCUAAUAAGAAGAAACGUGAAAUAUCUGAAAAAAGACCAUACAAGGCAGAUGACUAUGAUUCGUUUUACGAUUUAGUAACCCACGAAGAUCAACGUUCGAACGAGGACAUAUUUCACCGAGCUUACAUUGCCGCUUGGUUGUUAAGAUUAAUCAAAACAACAACAUAUUUAUCAGACGACGAUAAAACACCUGAUAUCGCCGAGGGAAACCUCACCAAAGCGGAAUUACUCCUCGCCGAAUUACUUUUACAUCAUUUACAAUUGGUACAAUUUAAUUCCCACGAGAUCUCAGAAUUGAUUAGACCAACAAAAGAUACAACACUCGCACGCGCUAAAAGUAUUUUCAUCGGUGGUGGUGUUUAUCCAGCGCUAGCUUUGCUGAAUCAUUCGUGCAAUCCUGGUAUCGUAAGAUAUUUCAUUGGUACGACUGUCAUUGUUAGAGCGAUUCGAACGAUCGAAAAAGGCCAGGAGAUAUCUGAAAAUUAUGGUCCCAUAUUUACUACGAUGCCUGAAACUGAACGAAAACGAAAUUUGAGAGUACAGUAUUGGUUCGAUUGCAAAUGCGAAGCGUGCACGAAUCAUUGGCCUAUGUUGGAGGAAAUAGAUCCUACGAUACUCAGGUUUAAAUGCGACACCGGAAGGUCUUGCGGCAACGUUUUACCAGUUAGAACGGACACGAAUGAGUUUAUGAUAAAUUGUCCAAAAUGUGGGAAGGGUACGAACCUAUUGAAGGGUUUGAAGGCGUUGCAGGAUACAGACAUGCUUUUUAAAAUGGCUUCGCGUCAUCUAGAAUGCGGAGAGCACGAGCAAGCACUUGGAGCGUAUCUGAAGAUGUUGAUACUUCUCGAUGAAACAUUGUCCUUACCGAUCAGGGACUACCAUUUGUGUCAGCAGGGCGUCAGACUGUGUAUGCUAGCGUUGGGUAACACCGCUACGAUAUGAGGUACGCAAGAGAUCUUUUAAACUGAAAUAUUAAUAAAUAUAUAAAUGAACCGUC